UUAAAUUCAGACUCGCACUGGAUAACUGCUACUGAAGCAUUUGCUUCCAAAUUGUGGAACUGGAAUAUAUGAAUUUAUAUACUUUCAGGAAUAUCUAAUAUGUUGCUCCUCAUCAAUGUCAUUCUCAGCUUGUGGGUUUCCUCUGCUGAGGGACAAGAAGUAACAUGUGAUCCUCCUCAUGUUGCAAAUGGUUUCUUCACACCUGAAAGGACUAUACACAGAAGUGAAGAUAAAAUCACCUACCACUGUAAAACUGGCUUUUAUCCUUCAACCCAGGGAAAUACAGCAAUAUGUACUGGCAGUGGCUGGGUACCUGUUCCAAGAUGUGCUUUGAAACCCUGUGAUUUUCCACAUAUAAAACAUGGAUAUCUAUAUAAUGAAGGCUAUUAUAGACCAUACUUUCCAGUAUAUAUAGGAAAAUAUUACUAUUACUACUGUGAUCAGAAUUUUUUGACUCCUACACGACGCAACGGUGGUUACAUUACAUGCACAAAAGAAGGAUGGUCACCAGCAGUACCAUGCCGCCGACAAUGCUAUUUCUACUCUAUUGAAAAUGGACGUGCUUCAAAUGAAAGCUACACAUAUUUAGAGAAUGAAUUCAUAAAUGUUGUGUGCAAUCCUGGCUACAGUCUUCCAAAUGAACAGACCAAAAUUACAUGUACAGAGAAUGACUGGUCUCCUACUCCCAGAUGCAUCCGUGUCAAAGUAACAUGUGAUCCUCCUCAUGUUGCAAAUGGUUUCUUCACACCUGAAAGGACUGUACACAGAAGCGAAGAUAAAAUCACCUACCACUGUAAAACUGGCUUUUAUCCUUCAACCCAGGGAAAUACAGCAAUAUGUACUGGUAGUGGUUGGGUACCUGUUCCAAGAUGUGCUUUGAAACCCUGUGAUUUUCCACAUAUAAAACAUGGAUAUCUAUAUAAUGAAGGCUAUUAUAGACCAUACUUUCCAGUACAUAUAGGAAAAUAUUACUAUUACUACUGUGAUCAGAAUUUUUUGACUCCUACACGACACAACGGUGGUUACAUUGCAUGCACAAAAGAAGGAUGGUCACCAGCAGUACCAUGCCGCCGACAAUGCUAUUUCUACUCUAUUGAAAAUGGACGUGCUUCAAAUGAAAGCUACACAUAUUUAGAGAAUGAAUUCAUAAAUGUUGUGUGCAAUCCUGGCUACAGUCUUCCAGAUGAACAGACCAAAAUUACAUGUACAGAGAAUGACUGGUCCCCUACUCCCAGAUGCAUCCGUGUCAAAACAUGUUCGAGAUUAGAUAUUGAGCAUGGUUUUUUUUCUGAAUAUGAGUAUACAUAUCCCUUAAAUAAACAAACACAAUAUAAGUGUAAAGAAGGAUAUGUAACACCAGAGGGUGAAACCUCAGGGUCGAUUACAUGUUUACAUAGCGGAUGGUCAGCUCAGCCCACAUGCAUUAAAUCUUGUGAUAAGCCAGUAUUUGAGAAUGCCAGGCCCAGAAGAGAUGACACCUGGUUUAAGCUCAAUGACAAGUUGGACUAUGAAUGCAACGAUGGAUAUGAAACCAGAGACGGAAGCACCACAGGCUCCAUAGUAUGCGGUGAGGAUGGUUGGUCCAAUACACCCACAUGUCUCGAAACAUGUUCAAAAUCAGAUAUAAAUAUUGAGAAUGGGUUUAUUUCUGAACCUGAAUAUACAAAUCCCUUAAAUAAACAAAUGCAAUAUAAGUGUCAAGAAGGAUAUGUAACACCAGAAGGUACAACCUCAGGAUCAAUUACAUGUUUACAAAGUGGAUGGUCAGCUCAACCCACAUGCAUUGAUUCUAAAGAAAAAUGUGGGCCCCCUCCAGCUAUUGACAAUGGAGAUUUAACCUCAUUCCCACAAGCAGUGUAUGCUCUAGGAUCAGCAGUGGAGUAUCAAUGCCAGGCCUACUAUGUGCUUCAGGGUGACGCACGUGUGACAUGUAGAAACAGAGAGUGGUCAGAGCCACCAAGAUGCUCAGAGGCAUGUGUAAUAUCAGAAGAUAUCAUGAAUGAAUAUAACAUAGAGUUAAAAUGGACAAAUGACAAAAAACUGUAUGUCAAAACAGGUGAUAGUAUUGAAUUCAGGUGUAAAAAUGGAUAUAACCCAAAGACACCAACAUCUUCUUUUGAAACAAAAUGUCAGGAAGGAACAGUGAUAUAUCCCAGUUGUGCAUAAAAUUUGGCUUACUGCAUUCAUGUAAUGAAAAUACAUGCAUUUAUUCUGAAUUUUGGAAUAUUAAUCCAAUUCAACUCUAUUUUAAUUUCUGUGUUGACUCAUUUUUAUUCAUAUCAGAAUUUUGUUAAAUAUUAAGUGAAUUAUGUAAUCAGAGAGUCCAGUGUCUCACUUCCUAAGUGUACUGAAGAUGAUGCCUUCCCAAAUCUUGGAUCAUCACUAGGCACAGCCUAAUGCAUAUACACCCUGAACCAGCUGUGAAGGAAAAGAGAGUUUAUUCACACUGGCGGGAGGAAAAGGUAAACUUCCCAAAUCUCCCUCUCCAUAGUAAUUUUUUGCUUGGCUUUUACACACAUUAGAGAUACAGAAGACAAUCAUCUUGAAUAACAAGUAGCAGCAGUCUGAAGAACUUCAUUAGUUCUUUAUCUCACUUACUUUCUACUUCUUUUAGGAUUUAUGUCCUCUGAGAUAUCUGAGGCAUGGUGCCUCCAAGUCUGGGGAGAGAUGAAAGUCUAUUCUUGCCCGGGUGCAUAUUUUACAUACUGCUCCUCUGUGAAAGUAAAACUCAAAUUCACAGCUUGCUUACAGUUUUAAUGUUACAUGUAAAAUGCUAACACUACAGUACCACAUUAAAACUUGGCAAACAAUAAUGCUAUGUGUCCUAUUCAUGAAAUAUCUCUUGCAAGAAAUUAAGUGCACACACUUCAAAGUUUGUUUGUGUCCAUCACUCUCCUAAUUCUCUCAAAAGAUUUCUCCAUAACUUCAGAGGCUUUCUGAGACUAUUUCAGAAAGAAUGUAAAAGAUAGGGUCACCAUCUUCAAAAUCAUAUCACUUCAUAAACAUAGAAGGCCAACUGUUGAUAGCUUAUCCAGUUAACAUGAUAUCUGUAAUUGCUUGUCUGUUCCUAAUAUUAGCUUACUUAAUAAAUAUAAAUUUGAUAUAAAUAUAUCAAAUAUGAUGAAAUGUGUGAUCCUCUACAAGAUGUCUAGCAUACUCCAUGAUCCAAACAAAUUGUAGAGAGAAAUUAGGAUCAGAAUAGGUGGUUAACCACUGUAACCUUGUCAAACAAGUGGUAGAUGUUCAAUACCAGGUAUAAUCAUACACAAACAUAUGUAAUUGUUUGAGCUCAGAAUUAAUAUUUAGUGAGUAAAUAUUAACAUAAAAUGAAAUAAAUUUUGCAAUGACUCUA